ACAAUUAAAUUAUCAACAGCGUGUUUCUGCCUGUAGAGGGCGCAGCCUCCGAUCUGAAGUCUACCGCAAAACCAGCAGCAGAAGAAGUCCGCCUCCUCACGCAUCUUUGCGGCGCUGCGUGCGUGAACGGCACCCUACUUCCGCACUCUAAUAUGAACAACACAAGCGAAGAGCACCGCAGAGCUUUUACACAAUACUGAUCUAAAGAGUCGGACAAAAUGUCAGAUUCUGACUCUGAUUCUGACCAGAAGGGUUCUAAACGGAGAAUAAUGAAACACGAUACGGUUGUCACCUUUCGACCUUCAGAGGCGAUUUUUGCAAAAUGGAGCAGCAUCCCUUAUGAAACCAAAAGGGACGCUGCACAGCGGAUGAAAAUUUGCGCUUUUUGGCUUCCCAUUCUGUUGCAGCGGGAAGAGUCCAGCAUGGCUUGCUGGGCUGUAGAAAUAGGUCUCGUCAGCUCAAAGGACAGUGAGGAUCUGACUCUGAGGCACCUGCGCAAGAUUGAAUCAGUGGAAGCAAUUAUCAGAGCUUUGGAGAGAGGAACUAUGAGAAAGGACCAAUCCAGACAUGUUCUCAUAAUAAGCAACAUGUUUAACUUGCGUUCCCCGGAGGUUUUGGACGAUGCAUUGAACUGGUUGGAGCGAACAGGAGAGCCCGCUAUGCGCCAGCGCCUGAUGGAGUUCGGUCACAAACACACCUGCUUCACAGCCCUCCACUUAAUCUUCACCGAGUUUGCUAAGUUUGUUCAGGAAAUGGGUGGCAGCUACGACAAGACGAUGAAGUCGCUGUUUUUUAAACCAGCGGACUAUCAAGUAGAGAAAAGUAAUGAGAUGAAGAGGAAAGGAAAUGAGAACUUUCAGAAUCAGCAGUAUGAAGAGGCUGUAAAGUUUUAUUCCAAAGCCAUCAAAUUUUACCCUGACAACCACUUACUGUACGGUAACCGAGCCCUGUGCUAUAUCAGGUGUAAAAACUAUCUGAAAGCGGUUGGUGAUGGAAAACGUGCUAUUCUGAUUAAACCACUCUGGCCAAAGGGUCACUAUCGCUACUGUGAGGCAUUGUUCUUCCUGGGAGAGAUCAGAAUGGCUCUUGAGGCAAACUGCUUAGCCCAGACGCUGUUUGAGGAAGACAAUGACGGAAUGAAAGACCUGGAGCUGCAACACGAGAAGUUCAUCCUUGAGUUAUCGAAGUCGCAAGGAUGGACAAAGAAAACUUGUAUUAAAAACCCAGGCAAAAGUUUUAAAGUCGGUGUAGUGAUGCAACGACCCCAACCGGAGAAAGCUGUUAGUAAGAACGAUCCGGCAACCAGCGCGUCUUCAAAGGUCUCAGAGGGUAAAACAGAGAAGCACUCAGGAAAAAAUGAAAAACAUGCACAGACAGAGAGCAGCACUAAAGAUACUAAAUCAUCAAAAAGUGACUUUUCUUCAAAGAAUGGGAAAGGAGAGAACCACGGCGCUGUGAAAAAGAAACCAAGGAACCGAAAUGGUCCAACUGAAGAUGAGAACCAGACAGAAGCUGACAGUAAACCAGAUGUGUGUAGAAAGUUGAGAUCUCUGGUGCAGGACGCCCACACUGCCCUGGCUGACCUCCGCAGCCGCAACGCAGAGCAGGCGUUCAGCCAGGCGCUGGCCGAACUGGAAGACCUCACAGCCAAGGAUUUUGGACUUUCCACACUGGACGUGUUGUUGUUACUUUUUGGCCGUGCAUCAGCUCUGACAGAAAUCGGGCAGCCUGAGGAACUUGCAGAAGCCCAAAAGCUUCUGGAGAAGAUGAAAUCGUAUGAGGAGAGGACGUUUCAGUGUCUGGUUUACUAUGCCAUUGGCAGGGUGUAUCUGAGAGAAAACAGGUUUGCAGUCGCUCUGGAGCAGUUUUCAGAUUCUCUGCAGAUGGUGAAGAAUCAAAUAACACCUGGUAAACUCACCUGGCCUUUAACCAAAGAGAUUGUCAAAGAAACACAGGCAGACUAUUUCAAGGGGAUUCUGGACCGUGCUAUAGAGCACUGCAGGUUCCCUCCUGUUCCUGAUGCCGCCUGUCGUCUCGAGAAAUGCCACAGUGCUUUGAAAGCUGAAAUCUACUUCACCGAUCCAGAUUUUAAGGGUUUCAUUCAGUUCUGCUGCUGUCAAAGUUGCAAGGUCGAAUAUCACAUCGCCUGUUGGAAAACCCUGAAGACAUCAGUCUUCUCUGAAAAGAAUGAAAAGGAUUUACUGCAAGAAGCUUGUUUGACUCCAAACUGUGUUGGUCAGAUCUGUAGUAUCAAAAUCUAUGGUCCUACGGGUCUGGUAAAGUGUAAGUUUGAAGCUGUGAUCCCCAAACCACAGACUGCUAAGAAGCCAAAAGUGAAUCAGAAGUGUACAAGUCUGAAGAAGUUAAAGUCAAAGGAAGAUCGCAGGCUCAAGAGGAAGCAGCAUAAACAGUCAUUUCAGGAUAAGCAGACGAUCAACGAGGAGAUUCUGCAGCAGAAAGAAGCCACAGCAACUCAGAGUCAGCAGCAAGCCUGGUUGCUGUACAGGGAUCGAGUUCUCCUGCAGAUCAACCAGCACAUGGAGCUGCUGAGGGAGGAGAAGAGCCUCCAGGUUUCCACUCUGACUAGCAGUCUGAAACCGUGGCUGGAGCUGGACUCAUCGAGGGGGAACCAGCUGGCUGCGAGGAUGCUGAACUGGCAGCAGGAGCAGCUGGAGACUCUCGGUCAAGCUGUCGAGCUGCUGUUGGAGAGGAAGAACCGGGUGUGGGCUCGCGUCUUUAUCCAACAACUAAGUAUCUGUGAGGAUAUAAAUCCCAAACUCAACAGCUGGGCGUGUCAGCUCAACGAUGCAGGUCUGAACGCUGCUAGAUCCUUCAUCGAGCGCUACUCGGGACACCUGGAGCAGCUGGACUUGGCUCUUUUGCUCAACUUUCACCCACUGCAGGAGAUGAUUAUAGAGAAGCUCGGCACUAGGCCAGAGAUUUUUUCAAGCAUAGGCUUGACGGUGACUGAAUACCUAAAACAGGCGCCGCCACAUGACAUGAGACUGUUUAUCUGGACUCUGGAGGAGCAUAGAGAUGACUAUGUCUCCUGCCACACUAUACUGGAUGAAUAUUUUGAUAUGAUGGAUGGACAUUGUUCGGUCUUAAAAAAGUCUGAUGAAAAUCAAAAUAAUUCUCCUAUGAAGACUAAGAGUCGAGGCCGGAAAAAGAAACAGAAAGAGCCAAAGGGUGUUAUUGUUUUGUCUGGGAUGAGAGGACUAACCCCAAGAGAGGAGUGGGACCAAGACUUUUUUGAGGAUGAGUCUUUAUCUUUCCUUGACGCUGCUGAUCCGUUCAGCGUACCGAGUCAUCUUCGAGAGCAGGUGGCUGAUUUUGAGAACCAGUUCAACGGCACCAGACGCAGAGGUCUCUAUAAAAACAUUUUGGACAACAACCCCGACUCCACCAAAGAGAGUUUGUACGACUACUUUGCUCAGAUCUUGGAUGAACAUGGUCCGCUGAUGGCUGAGGACCCCCUGCUGGUCGGUGAACUGGAAAAUUUCCCUCCCGUCGCGCAGCAGAAGAUCCAAGACGCGGGCGGCUUCGAGGCCUUCCUGCUGGAGUCUCUUCGCUUCAUAAAGAUGGGGAGGGCUAUUGGACUGGCUAAGCAUGCUGUCUCUCUGCAGCAGGCUGGACACGGAGCCAGUCUGGAUGAUCUGGACGAAAUCGCAGAUUCUGACGAUACCUUUCCAUGUCCUGAUUUGCAUGCAGACAUUGAAACCGAUUUCACAGGCUAUGUGAGCGAUUAUGCAGCUGCACAGACUGACGUCUAUCCCGUCCUCCCAAAUCCAUAUGUGUUUGGCUUCCAGGCGAUGGACAGUCACCCCCUCUCACACUGGUCUAAUGGCGACAGUGAGCAAGUCACUUACUCUUUACCCGGUGAUUACGGGGAGCUGGAUUUUUACACCCCUGAGAUGAAUGGAGUUUAUGGACCUGAUCCAGUCGGAGACACUUUAAUGGCAACUGACGAAAACUUUUUGAAGAGAGAUGCAGAAGUGCAGACGUGUCAGGAGGCCAUGAGGAGUGUUGCUGUGAAUACAGAGCUUCAUGAGCGUUUUGAAAGCUGCCAGGGUGACAUCAACAAACUAGAAAAGAACAACAGAAAGUUGGAGCAGCAGAUCGAGAAAAUGUCCAAUGGCUGUGACAAAGUCAGUCUAUGUAACAGAAAAGACAUCGUUUCACUGGAGGAGGACAUACGCAAGAUCACUGUCAAUAUCCAAGUGACCAAUAAAGAGCUGGUGCUGUUCCAGCAGAAGCUGGAGGAGGAGGUGAAGAAGGACCAGAAGGAGAAGAAAGCCAACCAGGAAGUACUGAAGGCGCUGAAGCUGGAGAUUGAAGAUCUGGUAGAGCAACACGGGAGUCUGACCCGGCGCGUCCGAGAGAAGAAAUCCAGCUAUGAAUCCAAGCUGGCUGAUUUCUUAGAGCGGAGCAAUCAGUCAGAAGCUGAGAAGCUGAGUCUGGAGGAUGAGAUCAAGCGCUGUAAAGCCUUGUUUACUUCGGCCAAAAGGAGGUGUCACACAGCUCAGCUGUCAGUCAUGGAGAGCAGCCACAAUCAGGGUUUGUACGGCCUCCACAGAGAGCUGGCGGAUGCCAAGGCUUUGCUGAUGAAACUAGAUGAAGCGAAGCAGAGACACCCAAACCAAGAGCUGGAAUUAGCCAGAAACAGUUGCAGAGCCAACGUUGAGGAGAUUGAAAAGAAAAUCUCCACUGCUGAGCGGCUGUACAAGCAGCAGAUGGAUCAAGUGAAGAACGGCCGAAGAGCCAACGAGCUGCUUCCAGCCAACAACCAGCCCGAACCUGCAGCUGCACCAAUAAGACCAGUACAACAUGUUAGUUCGCUCUCGGCGGCAGCCAAAGAGUUUACUCCUCAGUCUUCAGCUCAGACCUCCCUCAGCACCCCCUCACCUGUCCAGAAGUCUGCUCCACCUGCAGCUCAGGUGGCGGCUGCUCCGGCUCAAGUGCAGCGCAAACCUCCAUCCAGAACCACGGAGCCUUCACACACCACCGUGUUUGAGAAAGCCAUGGAGAACCUGGCCAUCAUGUUCCCAGAUUAUUCAAGGCCAGAUUUGAUGAAGUUUGUUCAGGAGCUGCGUUCAACCAGCGGUGGAACUCUCAGCAGCAUGGCGUUGCAGGAUGUUGUCGGUGGAGCGACCCAGCUGAUCCUCGACCACCAGGAGAGGCUUAAUUCUGCCAGGUCCAACAUCAUGGGACGUAGGAGUCCCGCUCAGUGUGCCACCCCUCCAUUGGUAAACCCAGGCCUAGUCUGGCAGCCAGUCGGAUCCCAGAGAGCCCCAAACCCCAACGCACUGAACAUGGAGGAUCCGUGCGUCAUCUGUCACGAGGACAUGAUUCCAGAGGAGACCUGUGUGCUGGAGUGCAGACACAGCUUCCACAAAGAGUGUAUCAAGUCGUGGCUGAAGGGGCAGAGCACCUGUCCCACCUGCAGAAAUCAUUCAUUACUGCCUGAGGAUUUCCCCGUGCUGCCUGGCAGGAGACGCCAAGCCCCAUGAUGUCUUAACCCUCCCUCUCCCUCACCUUUACUUUCUACGUUAAUGUUUUUAUCUUUUUUUUCUUGUUCUUUCGGACCAUAAAAAUACUGAUGUGUAAGGAAUCACCAGUUUAUAUUCUGAAGAAAUAAAACUGUCCUGUGUGUAAACUCC